AUGGCUGUUGUAGACUGCACCGCCUUCUACCUCUCAUUAGCAAAUGCUGCGUUGUUCUUCCACCAGAAGACUAUAAAUACAGGCAGCGAGCACAGCGACUUCGAAGAGUCCUCGAAAUACCUGAGUCUGUGUCUGAACCAAGUCGUGCAUAGGCUAAAACAAGAACCCGAGAAUAUCAGUGAAGGUGUUAUUACCACGGUGCUUGGGUUUCUCUGCCACGACUGUACCGUUGGCAGAUGGGACCGGUAUGCCAUGCACAUGGAUGGUCUGCAGAACAUCCUUCUGGUUCGCGGCAACUUCCAGCGUCUUGAGAGCACUGUCGCGAUGUUCGUGUCUUGGUUCGAUGUGCUCGGAUCCUCGAUUUUUGACACGAAGCCGCGCUUCCCAUUGCCUCAGAGCUCCACCACAUCGACCUCACAUCAGGUCCCACUGUCCACGGCGCUGCAGCAACUCCUCCUGCGACUCUCAGAUGGCUCCGACCAAGAUAAAAAGAUAGCAACUGCUCUUGAAAACUCUAUGCAGCUGGCUACGUUCGUGAACGAGAAUGCGUACAAUCAACGAUUCUGGAAAGACGGUGCAACGGCAGCAAGACGCAUCACGCCUGUCAUGCAUCUUCUGCUAUCGCUACCGCGGCCACUCGACUUCGAGGCUCCUAGCACUGUACUCCCCGAGAUCGCCAUGCGUGAGCUUGUACGGCUUGCCCUACUUAUCAUGUUGACAAGAUUGAAGAAAGCAUGUUCGCUAGUCUCGGAUGAACUUGACACCCUCCUGGAGCGAUUUUCGCUCAUGAUCCGUACUUCAACAUACUUUGACAGAAGAUUCCCGGAGCUUUCUCUGUGGGCCACCGUCAUCGUUGCAACAAUGGAGCAAGCAGAGCAGCGGAGAAAUGUCUAUGUCGGUGCCAUUUCUAUAUUUAUGGAAAACAUGGGCAUUUACCUCGGCGAAGACGCCAUUGCGCGCGUAAAGAAGCUCGUCUGGCUCGAUCCCUUGAUGGACGCUGGGGCCAGAAGCCUCGAGUUCGAGCUCAAUUGUGCUGCCCGCUUCCUCCCCAUUGCCCCAGAAGCUUCCCACUUCAACGAACCCGUUGCAUCACUUCGUGCAGCUUGA